UUCAUGUCCGACCAAUUUUCACAGUUGAGCAAUGAUGAGCUUCGACAAGAAUUGAUCAAAAAUGGCAUUCCUUUUGGACCGAUUGGAUCAACAACACGAAAAGUCUAUGAGAAAAAAUUGCAAAAUCUUCUGGAAAAUGGAGUCGAACCUUUGAUUGCAAAUAAUGAGACUGGAAUUACUAAUGGUGGUGGACAUGAAGCUGUGGAUACAAUUGAUUUCUCAAAUGAUAAUGGGCACACGCCGAGUCGUGAAGUUAGUCCAGUUCUUGUGCAACACACAAAUGGAGUGACGGCAAGUCCUCAACACCGAGAGGGAAGUGCCAGACCUGGUGCUGAAAAUGAUAGCGACAAUGAAGAGGAUUCUUGUGAAAGUGCAAGAAUACUCUCGCCAGAUGAGGCUCGUGCUUUCCGUUUGAAAUUCAAUCCACCAUCUGACAACGGCUCUUACACUGGAGUUUAUCGUCGUCGGGGAGUUGACGAUCGGCGUUUGACACCAGCCAAAACACCACCUCCACAGUGCAAAGGAAAAUCUUUUCGUCGUGUGGCUUUGGGAAUGUUCAUCGCUUUUGUUAUGCUGAGUUCUGUUGGGAUUCUUGUGUAUCUGGCUUUUGGACCAGAAAUGAAAAAUGCUUUGGAACGUUUCGAUUUUUCUGUGUUCUAUGCAUCGCUGACUGGAGGGAAACAAAGUAAAGAACCUGUUAUCUCUUCAAAUAAAGGAAAUUAAUUUUUUGGUGGUUUUAUCGUUAUUUUAAUUUUAUGGAAUCUGUCAAAGUUAAGUUUUUGUUCUAUAUAUAUUUAAGUAUUUAAUAAUUUAUUUUGUUUUGACGAUUAAGGAUUGAAGUGAAAUAUUUCGAUCUUAAAUAUCCUAAAUACCCCUUUUUUCAACAAACUCGCACCUUUCUCCCCAAUUUUUGACAUUUAAUUUACAAUAAACUUUUUGUUUUGAGACCUCUUUUUUGUUAUAAUUUUUUGUUAAUUUGAGCAAGCAGUAUUUUAAAAAUCUACCUAUAUAAAAUGACCAUAAAUACCUAAAUAACAUUUUAUUUAAAUUGCUCAAAUUUCCCCCUCUUGCAUUUAUUGUAUUGAUCUUAAUCGAAUUUUGUUCAAAAUACACCUCUCUAAAAUUGUUCAAUUUUAUCAUAUUAGCCAAAUAUUUUCUAUAACCAAUAAACCUUUUAAUGGAAUUUGCUCGACAUUCUUUCAAGUUUACACAUA